UGGGAGCCGAUUGGCUGAGCUGACCCGAGUUCCGCCUCCUUGCCUCCUCGCGAGCCUCUCCGCCCGGUUUGGCGGCGAAGAGGAGAAUGCGCGAGGGCUCUCUGGGGAUCGCCAGGCGGCGGCGCUGCCACACGGCCAGCUUAUAGCAGCAGCUAAAUGGAGUCUGAGCAGCUGUUCCAUAGAGGUUAUUAUCGAAAUAGCUACAACAGUAUAACUAGUGCAAGCAGUGAUGAAGAACUUCUAGAUGGAGUAGGUGUCAUAAUGGAUUUUCAGACAUCUGAAGAUGAUAAUUUGUUAGAUGGUGAUGCAUGCAUAGCUGGAACUCAUUAUACAAUGACAAAUGGUGGAAGUAUUAAUAGUACAACACAUUUGCUGGACCUUUUGGAUGAGCCCAUUCCUGGGGUUGGAACCUAUGAUGACUUCCAUACCAUUGACUGGGUGCGAGAGAAAUGCAAAGACAGAGAGAGACACAGAAGGAUCAACAGCAAAAAGAAGGAAUCAGCAUGGGAGAUGACAAAGAGUUUGUAUGAUGCAUGGUCAGGAUGGCUGGUUGUAACACUAACUGGAUUAGCAUCAGGUGCAUUGGCUGGCUUGAUAGACAUUGCUGCAGACUGGAUGACAGAUUUAAAAGAAGGUAUUUGUCUCAGUGCCCUAUGGUUCAACCAUGAGCAGUGUUGCUGGGCAUCAAAUGAAGGAACAUUUGAGGAGCGAGAUAAAUGUCCACAAUGGAAAACAUGGGCAGAACUGAUAAUUGGUCAGGCAGAGGGACCAGGUUCCUACAUAAUGAACUACAUAAUAUAUAUAUUUUGGGCUUUGAGUUUUGCUUUCCUAGCAGUAUCUCUUGUUAAAGUGUUUGCUCCUUAUGCCUGUGGCUCUGGGAUUCCAGAGAUUAAAACUAUAUUGAGUGGCUUCAUUAUUAGAGGAUACCUGGGGAAGUGGACCUUGUUGAUAAAAACAGUCACUUUAGUCUUGGCUGUAGCCUCAGGGUUAAGUUUAGGAAAAGAAGGCCCUCUCGUACACGUUGCCUGUUGCUGUGGAAAUAUCUUCUCCUACCUCUUUCCAAAGUAUAGUACAAAUGAAGCCAAGAAAAGGGAGGUAUUAUCAGCUGCUUCAGCAGCUGGAGUAUCAGUGGCCUUUGGUGCCCCCAUUGGUGGAGUCCUUUUCAGCCUAGAAGAAGUCAGUUACUACUUUCCCCUGAAAACUUUGUGGCGAUCAUUUUUUGCUGCGUUGGUUGCUGCAUUUGUUUUGAGAUCAAUCAAUCCUUUUGGCAACAGUCGGCUAGUUCUUUUCUAUGUGGAAUAUCAUACUCCGUGGUACUUGUUUGAACUGUUACCAUUCAUACUGCUGGGUGUGUUUGGGGGGCUCUGGGGAGCCUUUUUCAUUCGUGCAAACAUUGCUUGGUGUCGUAGACGCAAAUCGACCAAGUUCGGAAAGUACCCAGUUCUGGAGGUCAUUAUUGUAGCAGCGAUAACGGCUGUCAUUGCUUUUCCAAAUCCGUACACCCGAGUCAACACCAGUGAGCUUAUUAAGGAACUCUUCACAGACUGUGGCCCCUUGGAAUCUUCCUCCCUUUGUAAUUACAGAAACAACAUGAACGUCAGUAAAAUAGUAGAUGAUAUCCCUGAUAGUCCAGCAGGCACUGCGGUGUAUUCAGCUAUAUGGCAGCUGUGUUUAGCACUUAUAUUUAAGAUUAUAAUGACCGUUUUCACCUUUGGCAUCAAGGUUCCUUCAGGCUUGUUCAUACCUAGUAUGGCAGUUGGAGCAAUAGCUGGGAGAAUUGUGGGAAUUGCGGUGGAGCAGCUUGCUUACUAUCACCAUGAUUGGUUUAUCUUCAAGGAGUGGUGUGAGGUCGGAGCAGACUGUAUAACACCAGGCCUCUAUGCUAUGGUUGGUGCAGCUGCAUGCUUAGGUGGAGUGACAAGGAUGACUGUGUCUCUGGUGGUUAUUGUCUUUGAGUUAACAGGCGGGCUAGAAUACAUUGUGCCACUCAUGGCUGCAGUCAUGACAAGCAAGUGGGUAGGAGAUGCCUUUGGCAGAGAAGGUAUCUACGAAGCACACAUUCGUCUGAAUGGAUAUCCCUUCUUGGACGCCAAGGAAGAGUUUACCCACACGACACUGGCCGCAGACGUCAUGAGACCUCGAAGAAAUGAAGCACCCCUGGCAGUGCUCACACAAGAUAACAUGACAGUGGAUGAUAUAGAAAAUUUGAUAAAUGAAACCAGCUAUAAUGGUUUCCCUGUUAUCAUGUCAAAAGAGUCCCAAAGGCUAGUGGGAUUUGCUUUAAGGAGAGAUUUGACUAUUGCAAUAGAAAGUGCCCGAAAGAAACAGGAAGGCAUUGUGGGCAGUUCCAGGGUCUGUUUUGCCCAACAUACCCCUUCGCUUCCAGCAGAAAGCCCUCGGCCAUUGAAGCUUAGAAGCAUUCUUGACAUGAGCCCUUUUACUGUAACAGAUCACACACCAAUGGAGAUCGUGGUGGAUAUUUUCCGCAAACUCGGCCUCAGGCAGUGUCUUGUAACACACAAUGGGAUUGUCUUGGGGAUCAUCACAAAGAAGAAUAUAUUAGAGCAUCUCGAGCAACUAAAGCAGCACGUCGAACCCUUGACGCCUCCUUGGCAUUAUAACAAAAAAAGAUAUCCUCCGUCAUAUGGCCCAGAUGGCAAACCAAGACCCCGCAUCAAUAAUGUUCAACUGAACCCAAUAACCGAGGAGAGAGAGGAAAGUGAAGAGGAGGUUCAUUUGUUGAAUAGCACAACACUUUAGCAUGGGGCAUUGCUUGGCAAUGCAGAAGGAAAGCUGGUCUUAAGGUGAACAUGCAACUGGAAUUAAGGAAUUGGUUUAAGAAAAAGAGGAAAGAUGGGGAAAGGACAUUCCUCACACUAACAAAGAGGAGAAAGAGACAAGUUCUGCAGUCCCGCACUGGAUGCAUUCUGGGUUGCUAGAUGUGCCAUGAUGGUGCAAUGGGAACUUAUGUCAGAGGACAAAAGUAUCCAGUCUUUAUCCUGCUGUUUCACCGUUGAAAAAAUUGUUGGUUAGUCCCUAUUUCUGGAGGGAUUGUUUUGAAUUGAGCCAUCUUUUGGAAACUGGAAUAAUUUCUUCUUUAUACCAUAGACGGUUGUUGUGUUGACUUGUGAAAUGCAUAGUUAUAUUCCACAUCGCCUCUUUUACAUUCCAGAACAUUUCUUUUUUUAAUUUCCUCUUUCUCUCUCCUGAGCUGUAACAGCCUCUUCGCAAUUGGUGUGUCCUUUCAAAAUGGUAGUUUCUCAUAUUGAGAUAUACUGUGACUUACUGAGUUUGAUCACAAGAAGGAAUUAAGUUUCUUGUGCCAUUUAAACCUAGAGCUUAUUUAUCAUGAAAUUCUUGUGGCAGUUUGGACUUUCUGCAGCAAAACCACGAUCGUACAGGUAAAAAUAACUUGUACAAAGCAUGUUAGGAACCCGGCACUUUGUGAGCUGCAAUAUAAACAGCCCAAACCUGUCUCAAGAAGAAUGUUUCUCUUGCAAGAUAAUAAUGUGACCUGGGCUUAUGCAAUUUUUUGUAUUAUUAAAAACACUAAGGUUUAUGUACCAAUGUUGUGCAGUACAAGGAAGAUACUGCUAUUCUACUAAGACCAGGAACAGUUCUCUAUAAAUGUGUAUGUAGUAACAACUGCAUGCUCAAACACUGGAGAUUCCCCCCUCAAUUAAGAUUCAGCAAGUUAAGUUUCCCAUUUCUACAAAAAAAAAUCAAAAAAAUAUAAUCAUAAGUUGCACUAGAUAUACAGAUAUUUUACCAUGAUUUUAUUUAUAUUUUUAUGGAUUAAAAUAUACUAAAUACAGUUUAGUCAAACAGUUAAUUUUACAUUUAUAACAUGAUUUUUAUAUACAAAGACUCCUUUUAUUAGCAAGAACUUAGCCGUGGAAGGGUUUUGUAUUUCUUGCUAACCCAAAUGAUACUUGAUUGCCAUAACUACUGUUUGUUUUUAAUCAAGUAACUGGAAUGCUAAGAAACCCAGCAUAUGUAAACAAUGCAAAGUGUAAGGAAUACCAAUAUUUAAAUUACAGACAUAUGAAUUUUUUUUCAAAAUAGGAAUGUUGAAAUGUAGCAGCCAAAAAGAUAACUUUUAGUCUUUUCUUACUUGAAAAGAUGUAUAGGAUUUAAAUCUCAUCUAUAGUAUACACAAGCAGGAAUUACUUGACAACUGGAACAUUAUGUUGUGUUUUGGUCCCAAUUAUAAAUUUCUUUGAAUCAGACUUAAAGACUCAAGAUGAUUUCAAUAUUGAUUAAACGAAAAGGAAAAAAGUGAAAAUAUUUGGAAGUCAGACAUCCCAAAGCUUACCUCAUUUAACAUAAUGGGCAUUCAUGGAGACUGUUCAGACAUUUUAUUGUGUACAUUUAGAAGGACUGAGGGCUGCACGGAAACCUCGGCAUGCACAAUGUGGCUUCUGACUCUUUAUACCUGCUCAGUGGCACCCUACCUCAUUUAAUAAGACCGGUUUAAUACUUUGGAAUCUCAAAAACUUGUCCAGGCAGCAAAGGAAGCUGCUGUCAAAGAGGCAAAAAGAACCAGAAGCCCAACCUGCAUGCAUUUAUGCUCAUGUCCUGGCUGUUCCACAUCUUGCCAGAGUAGGUUAACAUGUUUCUUUCUUGUUGAGCUUUUAAGACAUGGAAACAAAUUUACUAACUGGCUGAAAUGCUGGUUUGAAACACUCUGCCCAUUCUUUAUCGAAUACUUCAUAGAUCUGGGGAUGAUUUUCACUAAUUGUUCACUGUGGUUACACUUUUCUUUUUGCCUUGAACUCAACGGUUUGUUGUGAAAUCCUAUGAGUUUGGCUCCGGUUGGAUUCAGCUUCCUUUCCUUUGAUGGAAAAUUGCAUCUUCGCUUAGAGGAAAAGGCAACGUUUUCUCCAAAUCAUUGUUUUAAAAUGCUUAUUAAAUGUUCAUAAUAUAAGAACCCAUCCAUCUCUUUUUUUCUUUUCUGCUGGGGUAUAAAACUGGAAUAAUGGUUCAAUUGGAGCCUUUGGCUAGUCAAGAUAAUUUGGCCUUUGUGUCAACCACUCAAGAGAUCGCUUGUGAUUUUUUCAUCCAUCUAACAUGACUUGAAAUUAAAAAUAAUUAGCCAUGGGCCGGGCUGUGUGUGAUUCAUCUGAUUUCGGCUCCAAUCAUGUGCAUCUUAAACCAAAAAUUCUUUCCCCAAGUCCCACUUUCUAAGGCUUUGAAACUCCUCUCCAACCACUUUACUCUUAGGACACUCACUCUAUGUGUAUUAUAUCAAUACAGUACCCUCAGACUGCCCUUUGUAGCAUGAAAGGAUAGCAGUUCAUGCCCUUGAUGUGUCUUAUCUAAAUGUUAGAUCUUCACAUUUAGUACUUCAUAUCUAUAUUGUGCUGAUCUAAUAAACUUUGUUUGCUCUUCUUACCUGAUCAGUUUCCCUUACAGGCACAUCAAGAUGCGUCACGAGAUUCUGAAACUGAAAUAAGCGUGCCUGUACUGUGCAACAAAAACUACUAAUAAUAAUGUAAAAAUUUGCAGCGCCUUAUUCAAGCUGGGACAGGAUGUGGUGUUUGGGGGGAGGAAUGUUAGCAUCUUUUUUGUUCGUAACAAUUUAGUUGGUGGUUCAUGAAGAAUGCAUAGUUUGUUAAUCUGUGAUAUUUCCUAGAGCUGUAUUAAACAUUGAUCUCAAUGUUUUUAUUUAUACUAGUGUGGUAGAGUUGCAUAUCAUUACAGUAAAAUAAAAUCCUAUUACUGUGAUGAUUUCAUUAGGAAACAUUAAACAUUCUGUAUGACCA